AUGGCGCACCCCCGCGAGAGUGAGGAGUGGCGGGGCAUGACCAUGCGCCAGCGGUACGAGUUCUUCGCCCCCAUCUGGCGCGUCAUGCGGGACGACAACAUGAGCGCCGAUGACGUGGCAGAGCAGGUGGCGUACGUGGCGCUGGCCGUGAAGCAGGGGUCCCAGGUCAGCGACAUGCGCCACCACACCUUCAGCGGCCGCCUGAGGGGGGCGCAGGUGGUGUACUUCCGCGCCAACAGCGCGGGGGCCUGCAACUACUUCAACGACUCGAGGUACUGGCGCUACUCCCACGGCACCACCUGGGCGGAGCUGUGUGAUGAUCUGACCGUGGUGGACGUCCCCGGGGACCACUUCAGCCUGCUGCGCCAGGACGCCCCUGACAUGGAGCCCAUGGUGGCCAUGCUGAAGCUCAAGCUCGGCGCUUUCGGCUGGGCGGAGGCCGUGCGCCGCGAGCGCCGCGCCGCGCGCUCGGUCGCAUCUGGCGGCGGCGCCGCGGGCGCCGGCGGCGCGGGCGGGGGCGGGGGCGGGGGCGGGGGCGGGGAGAUGGCUGCUGAGCUGAGCGAUUACCUCGGACGCAUGGGAGUUGACGCGGACAUCCGCCAGCGGCUCGCCAGCGCGCUGCCCGUGGCGGAUCUACAGCAACUCGCCCUCGCCAGCGGCGGCGGCGCGCCGCUGCGGCCCGGCACCCUCGUCCGGCCCCUCUCGCGCCCCUCGCCGCCGCUGGGCGUCUCAACACCAGAAUCCCGGGCCUCAGCAACAUCAGCAGGGGCGCAAGCUGCGAGGAUUGGCUCUGAUCCGGGUCUUUUGCCGCUGAUAGUGGUGCCCGGCGCGGACGCGACGCUCCCAGACCUGGCCGAAGCCCUCGGGCAGCUGCCGAGAAGCUGCUACGCCCUCGACCUGCCGCCGCGCCGCCACCUGGCGCGGCUGAGGACCGUGCCCGCGCUGGCGGCGGUGCUGGUGCAGGCGCUGCGGGAGGCGGCGCCGCCGGGGCCGUGGGUCGUGGCCGGCGUGGGCCUGGGCGGCGCGGUGGCGCAUGAACUGGCGGUGCAGCUGCAGCGCGCGGGGGAGCGGGUGCCGGUCCUGCUGCUGGUGGAGGACGGCGGGCUGCGCGCCGCGGCAGACAUGAGCGACCAGCCCUACUUCAGGCUGUAUCACCUGCUGCAGGCCUGGAGGCCAGACCUGGACCUCGCGGCCUUCUGCCACGAGGCGCGGAUGCUGGGCGCACAGCCUGCAGGCUACGAGCGCCAGCUGGACGCUGUGCUGGCGCUGAUGCCAGCUGGCAUGGACAGAGCGGACUGGGAGGAGCUGGUGGGGGACAGGCUGCAGCGCACCGCGCGGGGCGGCCACCAGUGGGAGGAGGUCCUCUCCAGCUGGGCCGCCCUCCACGCCUUCGCCCUGCGCUGCCUGCGCACCCACAACGCCGCCGCCGCCGCCGCCGCCGCCAGCGCGGCCCCGCCGCCCGGCGCCCCGUCGGACGCGGGCGCGGCCGAUGACGUCACCGCUGACGUCAUCGGCGGGCCCAUGGUGCCGCUGCCGCCGCUGGAGGGCGUGCUGCUGGACCUGUUUGCGCUGGAGGGUGACCCCGAGGCGCAGCUGGACUACCUGGCGCAGUACCGGCCGCCAUCCGUCACCCCUGGGGACUGGGACCGCGGCGUAAGCCAGGUGGUGACCCACGUGGCCUACCUGCGCGCCAUCACCCGCGCCCACGCCCCCGACGGCCUGCUGCCCCACACCGCCCACGCCGUGCUGCACGGCGCCAGCCACCGCAGCGUGCGGGACCUGGUGGUGGACGGCGGCGCCGCGGGCGCGCUGCGGCCGGUCGCGCCGCUGCUGGUGCCGCUGCACAUGGUGGGCGCUUGUGGGCGCCGCCCAGCGCGCUGUGUGCUUCGCACAGAUAACGUGCUGAUGAGUCUGUACUCCGGACCCUAA